GCAGCAUCCUGUGGGUGUCAAUGUUGCUCCCUGACAAAUCCUUCCAAGACCAGAACCAACAUUGUGACUUCAUCCCAGGUUCUAUGAGCCUGCCCGUGCUGGAAAAAAGAGGGGACAUCAUCUUAGGGGGGCUCUUCUCCCUUCACGAUAUGGUGAUGGAGCCCAGUUUGACAUUCACCACCAAGCCCCCACCCACACAGUGCACCAGAUUUAACUUCCGGACAUUCCGCUGGAUGCAGACCAUGAUUUUUGCCAUUGAGGAGAUCAACAGGGAGGGAAAACUGCUUCCCAACAUCACUCUGGGAUAUAAGAUCUAUGACUCGUGCAGUAGCCCUCACCAGGCUCUCAAGGCCGCCAUGGAGCUGAUGGGCAGCGAGGACGCUUCCAUGCCUGAAGGGGGGCUGCGGGGCCAAAGUAUCUGCAGGGGGGCCGUACCUGUCGUGAUAGGGGAUGGAGGCUCCACCCAGUCUCUGGUUGUGGCCCGUUUCUUGGGGGUCUUCCACGUGCCGCAGGUCAGCUACUUUUCUAGCUGUGCUUGUCUGAGUGACAAAAAGGAGUUUCCUGCUUUUCUAAGGACCAUGCCCAGUGACUUCUUCCAGGUGAAUGCACUGGUCCAACUGGUCAAACAUUUCGGCUGGAGCUGGGUGGGUGUGAUUGCAGGGGACGAUGCGUACGGUCGUGGUGGCGCGAACAUCUUUGUUCAUGAAGUCAGACAACUCGGCGCCUGUGUGGCCCUUCAUGAAAUCAUCCCCAAAAACCGAGCACGCAAGGCAAUUUCAUCCAUCAUUUCCAACAUCCGCUCCUCCGGGGCACGUGUGAUCCUGGUGUUUGCCGUGGAACAGGACGCCGCAGCGCUCUUCGAUGAAGCUCUCCGGGAGGGUCUGGAUGGGAUCCAGUGGCUUGCCAGCGAGGCUUGGAGCACAGCGGCUGUUCUCUCUACUCCCAAGAAGUACCGUGCCAUCCUGCAGGGCUCCAUGGGCUUUGCCAUCCGUCGAGUGCACAUCCCCGGCCUGCAGGACUUCCUGCUCCGCCUGCAUCCAUCUAGCCCCGAUGCGAGCGAAGACCCAUUUCUGAUACCAUUUUGGGAAGAAGUUUUCCAAUGCAGCCUGGGUGAGAGGAACGUUAAACUGCCAUGCACUGGCGCAGAAGAUCUGAAGACGGUGGCAAAUAUCUACUCGGAUGUGUCCCAGCUGAGGAUAUCUUACAAUGUCUAUAAAGCGGUGCAUGCUAUAGUGUAUGCACUGAGGAGUAUGGGAGGCUGUGAAGAUGGGAAAGGUCCUUUUGCUCUUCAGGCGUGUCCAGAUGCACAUAGUAUCAAGCCAUGGCAGCUGCUUCACUACAUAAAACAAGUGGAGUACUUCAACUCCUUUGGGGAUGAAAUCGCAUUUGACGAGAAUGGCGACCCGGCGGCCAUGUACGACCUGGUCAAUUGGCAGCUGAAACCAAGCGGAGCGAUCCAGUUUGUCACCAUCGGAAAGUUUGACGAGACGGUCGGAGACAGACGGCAGAAGCUCCAAAUCCAAAGCGAGGACAUCGUGUGGAACGGCAACCAGACCCAAGUCCCGCUAUCAGUAUGCAGCAAGAUUUGUCCUCCCGGCACCCGCAAGGCGAUCCGACCUAACUUCCCUAUCUGCUGCCAUGAUUGCGUGGUUUGUACAGCAGGGGAGAUUAGCAAUCAGAGCGACGCCAUAGAGUGUGUGCGUUGCCUACCCGAGUUCUGGUCCAAUGGCGAGAGGACCGCCUGCAUCCCCAAACAGGUGGAAUUCCUUUCAUUCAGCGACACCAUGGGCAUCACGCUGAUGGCCAUAUCCCUCAUUGGCUCCUUCUGCACCUGCGCCGUGGUCGUUGUCUUCUCCUUCCACAGGACCACCCCUGUGGUCAGGGCCAACAACUCAGAGCUGAGCUUCCUUCUGCUCUUCUCUUUAACUUUGUGUUUCCUUUGCUCGCUCACUUUCAUCGGCCGGCCUUCCGAGUGGUCCUGCAUGCUGCGCCGCACGGCGUUCGGUAUCACGUUUGUGCUCUGCAUCUCUUGUAUCCUGGGGAAGACCAUCGUGGUGCUGAUGGCAUUCAAGGCUUCACUUCCUGGGAGUAGAGUCAUGAAGUGGUUUGGGCCCACACAGCAAAAAGCCAUUAUUAGUCUUUGUACACUGGUGCAGGUGCUCAUUUGCACCGCGUGGCUCAUCAUGGCGCCCCCGACCCCUCGCCAGCUGAUUCCGCGUGAGAGCGCCGUUGUCAUUCUGCUUUGCGAUGAGGGCUCGCCUGUGGCCUUCGGUUUGGUCCUGGGCUACAUCGGCCUGCUGGCCUGUCUCUGCCUCCUGCUGGCCUUCCUGGCCCGGAAACUUCCGGACAACUUUAAUGAGGCACGCUUCAUCACUUUUAGCAUGCUCAUCUUCUGCGCCGUGUGGGUGGCAUUUGUUCCCGCCUACAUCAGCUCCCCAGGAAAGUAUUCCACAGUCACUGAGGUAUUUGCCAUCCUGGCCUCCAGCUAUGGCCUGCUGGGCUGUAUCUUUGCACCAAAGUGCUACUUAAUUCUCUUCAAGCCCGAAAAGAACACCAGGAAGCACGUCAUGUCCAGAAUGGACAGGUUUUAAGAAAGUGAGAUGACAAAAGGUGAAUCGCUGUAUGGUGAUUGGUAAUAGAAAGUGCUUUAGUGUAGACGCUUUCGUGUGAAGUAAGCUUGUUUUCGAUUUCAAAAUAUUUUUUUUCCUGCUCAGAAAUACAAUGAAUGAAUUUGACAACUUAAUAAAAAAUAGUGUGAGUACAUU